AAGGACGAAAAAUCUAUGAUCAGGAAUAAAAUCAAGCCAAACAAACAUUCUUCACAUUGUUAUGUAUAAUGUCAAAAUUUGCAGUAGGAAAUAGAAACAUUUUUGGGUGAAAGGUCAAGUGGAUAACAAGAUAUCGAUAAUGUUUUCAACAUGAGCAAAUGUUCAAAAUUAAAAAGUAUCAUCGACUUUAUAAAAGUACACUCGGAAAUGAUCAUACUAUCGGAAAACCGGUGUUCAGCUGGAAGUAACAAGUUGAAAUGAAAUUCUCCAGAAAAACGGUUUUUGUGGUGAUAUCCAUGUUUCUUAUAUCAUUUUUGUUUUCAAACAUAUUUAGCACUUCUACAAUCGAUCCAAAAUUGAUUGUUACUGAGAAAUAUCAGAAUAUUGGAGAUCAGUCUACAAACCUUAUAUGGUUUGUUCAGAUUAGUGAUAUUCACAUUAGCGUAUUCCGAGAUCCUUCAAGAAUAAUUCAGUUUAAGGACUUCUGUUAUCGUACCUUGGACACAAUCAAACCUAUUGUUGUAUUAGCAUCUGGAGAUUUGACCGAUGCUAAAAGUAAGGAUCGGGUAGGCUCUACUCAAAUAGAAACAGAAUGGCAAUAUUACCACGAUAUACUUAAAGAAGCUCAAAUUGAAGAAAAGACUCUUUGGCUUGAUAUACGAGGAAAUCAUGAUAGCUUCAAUGUGGCUGGACAAAAUUCAAAGCAAAAUUAUUUCAGGAAUUAUUCAAUCCAAGGAAAGACACAUCCUAGGUCUUAUAUGUAUCAAAUAGUAAAAGAUAACGUUACUUAUUCGUUUGUUGCUGUGGAUGCAUGUUUAGAUCCUGGACCUAAACGUCCAUUCAAUUUUGUUGGUAUACUGGAUGAACCAGAAAUAGCUCAAAUAAAUAAAAUGAGAGAAAAACUAGAUUCGAGUGAUAAUGAUUAUACCAUAUGGUUUGGUCACUUUCCUACUUCGUGUAUCCUUUCAUAUGGAGAAGAUACAAUUAGAGAUAUUAUAGGAAAAGAUAAGAAUGGACUUGCAUACUUGUGUGGACAUCUGCAUAAAUUAGGUGGUCUAGUUCCUAACAUGUAUACUUUACAAGACAAUGGAUUCUUAGAAUUAGAGUUAGGAGAUUGGAAAGAUAAUAGAAUGUAUAGAGUUAUAGCUAUAGAUCAUGGAGUAUUGUCCUUCACUGAUGUUGAGCAUAAUGACUGGCCUGUGAUACUUGUAACUAACCCAAAACAUGCACUUUUUGUGAAUCCUCUCAGAGAAAACUUAGAAAGCAUACGUAAUUCUAGAUUUAUUAGGAUUUUAGCAUUUUCCCUAUCCAGAAUCACUUCUGUUAAAGUAAAAAUUAAUAGUGAGGAUUGGAAAUUUUGCCAUCAUGUUGAUGGUCCUCUGUAUGUUGCACCUUGGAAUCCCAACCUUUAUCCAGAGGGGCUGCAUGAUAUUGAGGUUCUUGUAAAAGAUUUAGAUGGACGAUCAAAAACAAUUAAACAUAGUUUUGCCUUAGAUGGUACACGACUGACUUUCAACGCAAUGCCCAAAUUUUUAUUGACGAUCAGUGCCAAUAUUUUGUUUCGAGUGAUGUUCAUAGCAAGUGUUUUGUUUUCUGUGAUCCCUCUGAUUUUUUUGAGGUACCUGCAUAAAAUGGUAGAAGUAGGAAAAGUGCCAAAACCAAGACUGAACCAAAGUUGUUUUAAAAUUUGGCUUCGAAAAUUGUGGGUUCUUUCCACAAUAGAUAGGAUGUUUUGGCCGAUGGUAAUAUAUCCGAUUUACCUCUGUAUUGGACCAUGGUCUAUUGGUUAUGUUAUUGAAGAACACAUUGGUGUGAUCUUUGCCUGGGGAAUCUAUGUUAGAGGAACUUUCCUUCCAGGAUCUUUCACUUAUGCCUAUGGGUUCAUACAAAUCAUAAUGUUUCAAAUUCCUCUGACUUUCAUAUUGGCCAAUGGAGUGGAUCAAAGAUUUCAAAAUCAAGUACUGAAACCAAAAAAAAAGAAAUCGAAGUUGGCUGCUAUGACAUUACAUACUCCCUUUGUGUUAUUGAUACUGUUUCAACUAGAAAUGGCUUAUUUAUUUUGGUUGGCUUAUGGUACCUUAGCCUUCAUCUUAGGGCCGUUAAGAACAUGGUCUGUGUUUCUGGCUAUUGCUCUUUGGUAUCAAUCUCUGACUUAUCCCUCAAAUUGUACAAGAAAAGCUGCCUCAAUAUGGAGUCCCAAACAACCUGAAGAAAGUUCAACAAUUAAUACACUAGAACGAUAGACUUAUUGUUGUUAAAAAUCGAUCGAUAUCGAUGUACUGAAUAAACAAAUACAGUAAUCU